AUGUCAAUGAAAAAAUUUAAAGAUCUGUCUUCAUUCGGCUUCACCUUCACCAGUCGUGCAGGUGAAAAAGCGACAGUAACAGUUUUGAAUGGAAACAUAAACAGUAAUAUUGAUACAAAUGAAGUAGCAACAAAUAUUUCAGUUGGUACUUCUGAUUCGAUUCUUGUUUCUUCGAUCAACAAUCAUUUAUCUCCAAAUAAACAAUCAGAAGCAACAUUACCAGAAGCCACAUCAAGUUUAGAUUCGAUGGAAUUGAAAAAUGAUAUUGGAAAUUAUAUACAUAAUCGAUUAAACUUAUCGAAUGAAUUACGAUACUUAUUAGAUGACAACAAACCAUGGCUCGUUUACUCACCGUCGAAGAGUGGUCUUUUCUGUGUACCUUGUGUUUUAUUUGCCGAAGCAGCUGGUAAUAAUUACUUGGGUUCUUUUGUUCUUUCUCCAUGUCAACAAGAUGGUUAUAUUCGUUCAUUACUUCGCUAUCGAAUUGAUGCUGGUGAUUCAAUGUUAGCAAACCAUCUAUCAACAGCUAGCAAAACUGCCACAUAUAUCUCGAAGACAACACAGAACGAAUUAAUCGAAAUUUAUGGUGACUUAAUUCGAGAACAAAUACUUGCUGAAGUAAAGCAUGCUACAUUCUUCACUAUAAUCGGCGAUGAAACUACUGAUGUUAACACUAUCGAACAAUUUACAUUUUGUCUUCGUUACUUAUUUGAAAAUAAAGUUCAUGAAAAAUUUAUUAGUUUUUUACCAGCUGAAGAUCGAACUGGUGAAGGUUUAGCCCGGCUGAUUCUUGAAGAAAUAAAAAAUCUUGGUCUUAAUCCGAAUUUCAUGGUAGGCCAGGCGUAUGAUGGAUGUUCCCCAAUGUCUGGAAAAUUUAAGGGUUGUCAUGCAUAUAUUCAAAAAUUAUUUUCAACAGCACUUUAUCUUCAGUGUGCACCACAUAGUCUUAACUUGGCAAUAUCAGACUCGUGUUUUAUUAUUAUUAUUCAAAAUUGCAUUGGUUCUAUAAAGGAAAUCUACAAUUAUUUCAAUUCAUCGUCGAAACGAACAUUAUAUCUCAAACAUAUAAUAAACAAUUCAAAUAAAAAAAAAUUAGCAAGUGCUUGUGAUACAAGAUGGGUGGAAAGGCAUGAUGCUGUGAUUACAUUUCGACAAUUGUACCCGUUCAUUUUGACUUGUUUUGAAAAAAUUGUCGAAGAAGAAACAGGUAAAAAUCAAACAUCAGCAUUUAACUAUUUAAAAAAUAUUCAAAGUUCUUGUUUUAUUAUUUCAUUAUGCAUAUUAAAACAAUGUUUAUCUAUGACUUUGCCUAUCGCUGCUGGAUUACAAGCACCAGACAAUGACAUUAUGGAUUGCAAGCGUUUAGUAGACGACGUCUUGUUCAUGUUCAAACAAAUGAGAAAUGAAAAAUUGAAUGAAGAAUAUGGUGAAAUACUUUCUGAAGUCAAACAGUUGUGUGAAUUCUCAGGUACUCAAUUGACGGUAAUGCGAGGAGUUGGUCGACAAAUGUAUCGGCCAACUGCACCAGCACAAACACCGGAAGAAUAUUAUCGAGUCAACUUAUUUAUCCCUAUUAUGGAUCAUUUCAUUGUAUCUUUAACUAACCGAUUUAGUGCUCAUCAAUGGAUGGCUUAUCAUGUGUCGAUCCUUGUUCCAUCAAUGAUUGAACAUAAGUCUUUCAAUGAUUUGAAAGACUCUAUUACUUUUUACGAAGCUUAUUUACCAUCACCAAAUUUAAUUAAAGGAGAAUUCCAAUUAUACAAACGAAAAUGA